UUCUCUCGUCUCUCCACAGAUGCCAACGGGGGAAUAUUAUAACGGCAACUUUCCAUACUCGUUCGACUACGACCUGCUACUCCUUGACAUACGGGUCCCAUAGUGUUAAAGCCCCACAGAUCAGUGACCUAUCUUCCCCAGCAAAGCCCUCGUCCUUAUCCCCAAUCCCCACGGCAGCGUCCCAUCCCACCCGUCCCCAUCUGAUCUGCCCGUCGGCGUAGGCCCCCACCGCGCCUCCUUCCCCUCGCCGUGGCGAAACCGAGCAGCCAGUAGCAGCAGGAGUAGGUGCUCCGUGCCCCGCUCUCCAACACCAAAAAGUGGAACCCCCUCACGCCCACGCGAGGUGGUCGACGGAGAGCCGCAAAGGAGGAGGAGGAGGAGGAGGAGGUGUCGGGAUCCGGCGGGCCGCCCAUGUCGAGCGGCGCGGACGGAUCCGAUCCCAGCACGGGCCUUGGCCCGGGGACGAUCCCAGAGCUGCCGGACCGUGAGCCGCCUCUGCUGCAGGCGCCGUCGCCGGCGCCGCAGCAGGAGGCGGUGGUGCCGCAGACCGAGGCGCCGGUGCCAGUGGUAACCAUCGUGAUCUCGCGGCCAGGGGAGGAGGUUCAGACGCCCGAUGCAAAGGUUGGCUCCCCGGCGUGCUCCCCGCAGGCCGGUGACGGCAAGGCUACGGCCACCUCGGCUUCGUUGACCGCUUCGGCGGCCGAGCUAGGAAGGUCUGACAGCUUCGACGACUACGAGCAAUGCAGAGCCGCAAAGGAGGAGGUGAAAGGAUCCGGCGGGCUGCCUGUGUCGAGCGGCACGGACGGAUCAGAUCCCAGCAUGGGCCUUGACCCAGGAAUGAUCCCAGAGCCGCCAGACUGUGAGCCGCCUCUGCUACAGGCUCCGUUACCAGCGCCGCAGCAGGAGGUGGUGGCAUCGCAGGCCAAGGCGCUGGUGCCAGCGGUCACCAUUGUGAUCUCGCGGCCAGGGGUGGAGGUUCAGAUGCCCGAUGCAAAGGGUGGCUCCCCGGCGUGCUCCCCGCAGGCCAGUGAUGGCAAGGCUACGGCCACCUCGGUUUCCUUGACUGCUUCGGCGGCCGUGAAGGAGGCCGAGUUGGCAAGGUCCGACAGCUUCGAUGACUACGAGCAAUGCAGAGUUUGUCAACAGAAGACAGAAGAACCUCUAGUUGACCUUGGAUGCAGAUGUCGUGGUGAUCUUGCAAAAGCACAUCGCACAUGCAUUGAUGUUUGGUUUCGUACUAGAGGUUCAAACAAGUGUGAGAUAUGCCAGCAGGUUGCUGUCAAUAUCCCCCCUCCAGAGACGCAAGCAAGUACAAGUUAUUGGGUUUGGAGGGUUGAUUCGACUUAUGGAAGGGGACGAGGAGGACGUGAAAGGGGAUGGUUUAGCCCACUUUGGGUUGCAUUUGCAAUUUUGAUUGGUGGUCUCUUAUUGGAUGUGCUGAUAUCUGUUUCUCUCGGUGUUUCCGCGCUCCCUGUCAAUAUAAUAAUUGGCGUUCUUAUAGUUCUGGGAUUGGGCACCGCCCUUCGUCUAGCUCUUGAGUGCUGUCAGGAAUGGGGCUCAAGGAGGAACGCGAGCAACAUGCCGAGGCUGGAGAACAUACCGCCGACUGGGUACCACCCUGCAGUAGUAUAAUCCUUAUGGGACUUGUAAAUAGCGUAGGAACAUCUAAGCUCGUGCUGCCCUGUGAUGAUAUUCUCGCAAUUAGCUUUAGCUCACACGUUGCUCGUUAAUGUCGAGCUCAAAUUCAAAGCUUGUUGAUUGCGAUCGAGUUCAUACUCUACUAGUCCACUCCAAAUUGUAAAUACAGAGUUACUGAUACUCAGUGUUCACGGGCUAGUGUUGAUGCCAAACUGGCAGCACCUUAAUUGGAUGCUGUCCGGCAAUCAUUCAGCACGACAGCGCUAGGUUUCUUCUUCCUUGUACGGUUUGCUCUGACAAAUCGGAGGUUGUGCUUCAUCUUAUUUGUGGUUUGUGAUUAUAGGCAAUUGUUAAGGCCAUUUGAGCCAAUGCUGUUUUCAUGCGUU